AAAUAGCGCUGUGUGUUCAGAUCAUCAGCAAACCUCCUCUCAAACCGAACGUCUCACCUUUUCACUCCUCUCUAUUUUUUCACAGCAAAAACCCACUCUGGCUUUAACUGCUCCUUUAACAGAUUUUUUUCAGCAUUUCUUUCUGACAAAGUUUCUCCGUUAUAGGCCACCAGGAUGCGUUCUGUGACCUGCCUGCUCUUGUUGGGAACCUGCAUCCUAGUGUUGGGGCCUGCGGUGAAGGGAGUCCUGAGCCAGUGCCCGGAGCAUUGCCACUGCCAUGGAGACCUCCAACAUAUCAUCUGUGACAACGUGGGGCUCAAGAAGAUCCCUCAGGUUUCAGAGGCCACCCGUCUGAUGAACCUGCAAAGGAACAACCUGGGCAGCAUACCCACAGGGGCCUUCAGCACAAGCAAAGGACUCAUUUCGCUGCACAUGCAGCAUUGCCAGUUGCGAGAGAUUGAAUCCCAGGCAUUCAAAGGACUGAAGAAGCUUGUCUACCUCUACCUGUCCAACAACAAGAUAAGCAGCAUCAAGUCUGGUGCUUUUGAGGAUCUUACCGAGUUAACCUACCUCUACCUGGAUGGAAACCAGAUCACUGAGCUGUCUAAGGGAAUAUUCUCCCCCUUAAUCAACCUCUUUGUUCUGCAGCUUAAUGAUAACAGGCUGCGUGAACUGCGGCCAGGCACCUUUGCAGGCACCAAGGACCUGCGGUGGCUGCACCUGAGUGGGAAUGAGCUGACAACACUGCAUCCAGGGUCCCUAGACGAUGUAGAGAAUCUAGCUCUAUUUCACCUAGACAACAACAAGCUGUCCACCUAUCCUACUGCAGCCAUGAGCAAACUGCGAGUGGUGGAGGAGCUCAUGCUAGGGAGGAACCCCAUGAAGACCAUCCCAGACAAUGCUUUUCAGAGUUUUGGACGUUACAUGGAGAAACUACACCUGGACAACAUGGGUUUGGAGAGGUUCUCUGCAGGUGCAUUUAAUGGUGUAAAAGCAAUGACGGUUCUUCACCUGCAUAACAACAAGCUCAAGUCCCUUCCCAGUGCUAUGCAGUUAGACACCAUCACCAACAUGACCCUUUUCAACAACAGCUGGAGCUGCUCAUGCCAGCUGGCUCCACUGCGCAAGUGGAUGGACUCGCAGCAAGAUGAAACAGAUGUUAUUUGUGCCUCACCUCCUUCACAGAAGGGGAUAAAAGUUAGAGAUAGCACUGUUUUCAAGACGUGCGAGACCAAGGAAGAACAAAAGCCAAAGACAAAGACAAAGGCAAAGAGAAAAGACAAAGGACAAAAGACAAGGAAAGGCAAGGCUGGCCGACGUCAUUGAGCCUUCAGCCAUGCAGGGCUCUCUCCCUCUGCAGGAAGCACAGAAAAGAAGUCUCUCAAGAUGACCAGCGAUGCUUACUGACCUGCUUUGGGACUGUUGUAAAGAAAAAGCUUCAUGCAUUAUGGUUCAUACAAACACAUAUGCUUUUCUUUUAUCAUUUAUAUCAAAGACUGAAUAAUAAAAUGGAAGCAGCUAUGAAGUAAGUGUGAGACAACCAGAAAAGAAAAAGUAAUUCACAACAAAAAGGGAAGAUGUUGAUUUUUCCUUACACAUUUAACUCAUUUCUAUUACCGCUGAGGGGACCUUAGUAUUCAUCUAUCACCCUUUAAACUGUAACCCAACCUAAACAUCUAACAUCUAAAUGCAAUGCCUUACCAAAAAUACGCAUAGUGCCCAAUUGUUUUAACGUUUGAUCAUGUUGCAACCUCAAAUCUCAAUGUUCUUUGAGAUUUUAUGCCACACUCCAACACCAAAAAGGUUCAUAAUUAGGGAGAGGAGGAAGAAGGAUGCAACGUUUUUAUUUAUUCUACAAAUAAAUAUCUAAAAAGGCAUAGUAGUAGCAUAAUAUAGGUCAGAUAGGAUGGAGAGAAUCUGUGAUUGUUUUAUUUUUAUGUAUUGCCACAGAUUCUUGAUUGGAUUUUGCUCUUUGAUUGGGCCGUUUUGAAAUGUCCUAGCUUCAUCUUUUCAUCAAAGGAUAAAAUUUUUCAACAAUAACAUAUCAACAGAACAUCUAAAUUGGAGCAGAAUAAAAGUAUUCAUCUUACUGUAGAUAAAUAUAUAGUAUAUUAAUACUUGUUUUAUAAAUUUUGAUAGGUAUAAAAACAUUUGCUUCUGUUUACUAAGCCAGCGUUGACACUAAAGGAUUGUGACCCACAAAGUGAAGUCACAUUAGAUGGAGCUCAGUCAGGCGUUUCCAGAGGCUUCUUCAUGAUAGAGCUGAGAAACGGGUUCUUCUCAGAUUUACAUUUCCCAAAUUCAAGUAAAAAAAA